AUGCCAGAAAGUCCACACGUCGUUCACGGUCGCGCUCAUGUUCUAGACAACCAAGGGAUACCAGGAGUAGAAGUCGGAGUCCUGCUAGGAAAAGGCGACGUCGCCAUUCACGUUCAGUUUCUUAUUCAAGGUCGAGGUCAAGGGAGCGACGACGAAGACUUCCGUCCAGGUCUCGAUCUCAUUCAAGGGACCGAAAAGAAAACAGGCGAUCAUCGAGGUCGCGCUCUCGUUCGUUCAUCCGACUCAGAGGAGGACAAAUAUCAUCGUAAGAGAGAGAAAAGAAAGGACGGAAAGCGCUCGAAGAGCAAAGAACGCAAGAGAGAUAAAAAACGUGAAAAGAAGGAACGCAAAGAGAAGGUCAAGGGAAAGAAAAAGAAAGACAAAGGAAGUGUGCCUCACUGGGGCAAAUAUGGGAUUAUAUCUGAUAUCGAAAGCUUUAGCAUUUUUACGAAAGGCCAGGAAUUUCAUACCUGGCUAGUGGAGGAACGGAAGACAAAUCCCGAAACAAUAUCCAAAGAACAACAGAAGAAAGAGUUCUCGCGGUUUGUGGAGGACUAUAACACAGCCACUUUACCCCAUGAAAAAUAUUACAACAUGGAAGCUUACGAGAGGAGAAUGUCGGCAUUGAGGCAAGGAGAGUAUCUCCCGCCAACUGACGAUAUUUACGACUUCAAUGCCGAUCUGAAAGCUGUUAGCAGCUCACACAAGAAGAAACUGACAGAGCAAGAAUCAUAUAUGAGCAAAGAACAGCUCCAAGAGCUACGGAGAGUUCAGCAGGAGCGGAGUGAGGUCGGUAGAAUGAAACUUUUGGGUAUGGAUGUGAAGCAAAACUUCGGAGUUCGGAUGGAUGGUACAAUGUUCGAUGGAUAG